AUGCUUGUACCUGGAGAGCCUGCCCCCGCGCAGACCGGCUUGCCUGGAUUUACUCUUCCACUUGAUUUUACACCGAAGGUAAUGCCCCAUGCAUGGGGCGUAAAGGUCCAUCGAGAGAUCUUGAUGAUGCGUAUAAUGAAUACCAUUACUGAUAAACCGGAAUGGGAUCGAAAAGUCUUCGACGAGGAAAUCCUCUCUAAGUGGCGAGAGGAGAUUUCUCAAACCGGCCAAGACGUCUCACCUGCAAUGAUGGACUAUAUCAUCCAGGAGCUACAGUGGAAAGCAGGCCUCUUCAAGAAAGACAAGUCUACAACUGUCUUCGACAUGGGCGUUGUCAAGUCAGACACCGCAAUCCCAGAAGAACUACGUCGAGCUCUAGUGAAUGAGGUGUUUCAUCUGGAAGAUGUACUAGACGAGGAAAAGGACUACCACCCAGGCUCUGAUGAGAAAGUCCUUGACCUGGUCCACCCAUCCUUGUUUCCACUUGUCUAUGGCAGGACUCAUAUCUUGCCAAAUACGACAAUCAAUCUCGAAAAUUGUCUUGGAACAGUCGGUCAGGGCGAAUUACUUCCUACACCCGAAAAGAACGAAGGACGACUCCGAGGUGUCAAGCGGUACAGCGAAAAGUUCCAGUGGCUUCCCUGUGACGUUGCCUUGAACCCCGCGGAACCAGAUUCAGUGCGCAUCGUUUCCUAUAUCAAUAACUUGCAUCCCACCGAACACAGUGGUCUGUACAGUGUUAUUGAGAAGGUCAUUGCGCGCGCUAUCCCAUUGUGGAACAAGACAUUGACUGAUGAAUCCCGGCUCCCUGCACGUAUCCGUUACCAUAGAGUUGAAUAUGAGGAGCACCCCGAACCUGAGCCUGUUCAGGGAGAAGAGGAAAAUGAAGACACCUAUUGGGACAGGUAUCAUGAGUGGGAGAGUAUCCAACCUAUUCGGCAGCCUGAGCCACCAGUCUUUGAGGCUUCUGCUCGUGACCCAGAAGAGUAUUUGGAUAUUCAGAAGUUAUUUGGUGCGACGGGGUUGCAGGUUAUAGUGAAGUUGGCUAAUAUUGAACUGACUCCUGAGAAGCCGGAAUAUGAUGGUGGAAGCUGGCAUAUUGAGGGUCAAUUGAAUGAACGUAUCUGCGCCACUGCACUUUACUACUACGACAGCGAAAAUAUCGCUGAGAGCACGCUGUCCUUCCGACAGCGUAUCAGUGAAGGCAGAAUUUCCGAGGUUAGAUAUGAACAAAGCCGACACGAAUUUCUCCAACAAAUCUACGGCUUGACCGAUGCAGCGGCAUAUGAUCAUUCCCAAUUUACGCAGGACCUUGGAAGCGUCGUCUGCCGCCAAGGUCGCCUCCUCACAUUCCCUAAUGUGUUUCAGCAUCGUGUAUCCCCGUUCUCAUUGAAAGAUCGGUCUCAGCCUGGCCAUCGCAAGAUUCUUGCUUUGUUCCUCGUUGAUCCACACUUGAAGAUUAUCUCCACCGCCAAUAUUCCUCCCCAGCAGGAAGCUUGGGGUAAGGAGAAGGUCUACUUGGUUGAAGGUCUGUUGUCUAAUAGGCUUCCUGUGGAGUUACAGUAUAUGGUUCGCAAUGAAGGUGUCUUGCAGGAGUUGAUGAGUCUGGAGGAAGCGAAGAAGCUUCGUUUGGAACUUAUGGAGGAGAGGAGUAUCAAUUCUCAGAAACAAAAUGAGGAGUUUGAGAAGGGAGAGUUUAGUCUUUGCGAACACUAG